UCGGCAACCUAGAGAGCCAUCUCUUUGGAAUACUUCGUCUCAACUUGCUCUCUGUUUGGUCCAGUUCAUCUCUGCAAUGCAGUUAAUAUGUAUCUAUCUCUGCUCUUAACAUGUUAUAACUAAGCAUCCCUAUUGAAAUGCAUUGGCUUUUCUUCAUGAUGCAUGUGUUGUGGUAGUAGUUCUGUUUGUGUGGUAAACCUUCACACUACUGGUGUGUGUUCUAGAAAGUUGUUCGUGUGGAUUUGGGAAAUCAAAGGGGAAAAGAAAUGGGUCAUAGAAGAAUCAUCUAUGGUUCUCCUUUCUCAGUUCUGGGAAAGAGUUCACUUCAAGAAUUUGCUUUUCUUUUUGUUCACUUUCAAUUCCCCUUUGUCAAUCCCUCUCUCAUUUGAUUGCAGGAUACAGGCUUUCAAAGGUGGGGCAUGGGCUCAGAGGCACAAAUUGGACGGACAAAUGUUGAUAGAGGAGGAGAACACCAUGCAACGAUCCAUCCAACACGCCAAGAGAUACCUAGGCACCCGGUGCUAUUUCUCAUGUCAAUGCACCCCCUAUGCCGGGAAUCGAUGGCUCAACCGGCAAUCGAGCAGGAUGGAUAUCCUAGCGCCUCUAUAUUAGCACCCACAAGGAAAGUAAACAUAGGCGCAUAUUGUGUUCAACGUGAUGAUACAAGCAAGAGUUGGCCUACGCCGCCAACUGAUCUGCAGCAGUGUGGAAGGAGUGUUCAAAAGCAGCAUGAGCAGUUGUUCUACUGCUGGUCGGAGGGAGAGCUUGGCAAGGGAGAUAGAGGGAGCUCUACAACCACGAUCUUGGCAUACAACCCGAUGGCAUCGUGCCCACGUAAGCUUCUUCCAUGUUCCAAUUCUUGCACUUGUUGGUCUUUUACUGUCAAAGCUUACGAAAUCUUAGAUGUUGCUGACAAAAGAUCGAGAUACAAUAUUUCAAUUACAGGCUAUAUAUUAUUCAGCAAGUACGUUUGCAAAAAAAUUGAUCUCAGCAGGUUGGUGUUCAUGUACAGGUUGCCAUAUGAGAAUAUACUGCGUAUUGGUCAAAUCUCAAAACAAAUGGCCCAUUCUGACCAUAACUAUUCCAAAAGCAUUGAUAGGCUUUUUAAAACAUCAAGCUAUCUGUAUAUUGAUCUCAGCAGUGUCCAAAAUCCAAAUGGUUAUGUUUGUUCAGAUUUUCCUCAUUUUACGUUCUUUGAAUUAAAGUAGUGCUUGAGGUUAAUAAUAAAUGAUUGUUGGUAACUUAACUAGCUCAUGAGAAUAAUUUGUGAUAUAGCUUGCUCCUAUAUGUGUCAUUGACAAUGUUCUAAUGUCACAACUUUUUUUAUCAUGCACUCUUACAAGGUCAUUUCUUCUUGUUUGUUUUUGU